AUGCUUGAAAAGCCAACACUGAGUGUGAUUAUUCUUGGUCAAGCUAAUUCUGGUAAAACAACAUUGGCCGUACAAUUACUACACUCCCUCGGGACUAUCAAUUCUUCAAUCAUGGAACGAGUAGAAUCUGGCAUGCAAUUAGAUUCGUCUGAUUCUAUUCGAAACUAUGCAAGCGUGUUAUCGAGAACGAAGGAUGAAAUUAAGAGAGGAAGAACAAUGAAUUUAGUUUACAGCAUGGCCGAAACUAAACAUUUUCAUUUAAAUAUUAUUGAUGCUCCAGCGAAUCCAUUUUUGAAAAGUAUGUUUAGAGGAAUAUCACAAGCAAAUAUUGGAAUUGUUGUGUUGGAUGCUGAAAUUGGAGCCUUUGAAGCUGGAAUUCCAAAUAUUACAACAAUGAUUAGAGCCACAUAUUGUCUCGGAUCAAUUCAAUUGAUUUUCUGUGUGAAUAAGAUGGAGAGUGUUGAUUAUUCUAAAACAAGAUUUAUGGAAAUUAAGAGUGAAAUCACUAAAAUAUACAAGAACAAUGGAUAUAAGAAUGGAAAUGCUACAGUAAUUCCAAUUUCUGCCUUGUCAUCAUUAUUGGGAAAUCAUAAUGAUGAUAAUAUUUUGGAACCAGCGUGUGGCAGUAAAAUGGAAUGGUAUAAAGGUGGUAGACCUUGUCUUUUGGAUGCUAUCAAUUCUCUAAAGGCACCUCUCUACAGGUACGAUUUACCACUUCGAAUUUCAAUUUCAAAGGUUUUUAAUUUGAAAGGUGCAUUGGUUGUGUUUGGAAAAAUUGAAACUGGAAUUUUGAAAUUGGAAACAGAAAUUAGACUCACUCCCCACAAGAAACAAUUUCCUCCCUCCAUGAAAAUUGAAUCCAUUGCAAUUUGCAGAAAACUUGUCAGGGAAGCAAAAGCAGGUCAAUUGGUAACCAUCCAAUUGAAAACAAGUUUGAAUCCUUCAAACGUUAAACCUGGAAUGGUAUUAUCAGAUUUUAAUAAUGAUUAUGCUAAAGAAGUACAUAGUUUCAAGGCAGAUAUUGCUGUAUUGAGAGAGUCACCAUUUCGAAGAGGGUACAAUCCCACAUUUAAUAUUCACUCACUACAAACCAGCUGUAAAUUCAAGGAUUUUUAUGUCUCCUCCAAUACGAUUAAAAGAUAUGAGAGAGAUGAAAAUCCAAUGGAGCUCAGAAAAGGUCAAUAUGCUACCGUUCUUCUGAAACCAAAAAAUCAAAUCUAUGUUGCUACGGUUUAUUCUUAUCCUCCAUUUGGAAGGUUUCUAAUGUGGGAUAAUGGUAAUAUUUGUGUUUUUGGUGUGAUCACUGAAGUCUAUACUGACUCACCUCCUAGACGGUAA